AUGAGGGGCAAGCGUAGUAAACAAUACCGGAAGCUUAUGGCCCAAUUUGAGAUGACAUUUGGUUUCCGGGGCCCAUACCAAGUUCUCAUCGAUGCCCAAAUCAUUCAAGAUACCGAGAAAUUUAAGAUGGACCUCGUAGGUGGAUUGGAGCGUACACUCAGCGCCAAGGUGAAGCCAAUGAUUACACAAUGCUCUAUGCGGCACCUAUAUCUUUUGAAGCACCUCCCUCAACCAACAAAAGAUGCUCUGAUCCUCACCGCUCAGUCAAUGGAAAGACGACGCUGCAACCACCAUGUCCUUGACGAACCGCUCUCAACUCUCGAAUGCUACAAUUCUGUUAUUGACCCCAAGAACUCGCACACAAACAAGAACCGUUAUAUUGUUGCAAGCCAGGAUGAUGACGUAAGAAGGCAUUGCAGGGGGAUCAAGGGGGUGCCGCUGGUCUUUGUGAAGAGGAGUGUAAUGGUGAUGGAGCCUAUGGCUGCGGGCAGUGUCAAAGCCAGAGAAGGUAUGGAAAGGGAAAAGUUUAGGAGCGGGCUGAAGACAAGAGGCAUAGGGCUCAUUGGAAAGAGGAAGAGGGAUGAAGAUGACGGUGAUGCAGUUACGGGAGAGGGCCAAGAUGCGAAGAGCAUGACUGAAAGUGAGGAGAGAGCCGGAAAGAAAAAGAAAGUGAAAGGGCCUAAAGGCCCGAAUCCGUUGAGCGUGAAGAGACCGAAGAAGGCGACGGUUAGCGACCGUAAAGAGGAAACGAGGAGGGAAGGCAGAUCGGAUGAAGCUCUAAGCUUUCCAGACGCUGAAGAGAGAAAGUCAGAGAUCAGAGUCUCCGCUGUAGGCAAUCUUGACGGACCCUUUGACGAGACACAAGAUCGUGAAGCAAAGCGAAAAAGAAAGAGGAAACACAAGUCGAAACAGCUUGAAGGGCUAACCGCUGCGAUAAAUAAUGGCAAUGAAGGCACCGAAUAA